AUGCAUCGUUAUUUCAAGAAAGUUUCUCCUAUUGCCGAGGUCUCAUCUUCGUCAGUGAAUGAACCUCCACUUCUCCAACCACAAGAGUUACCGAUUGAAGACAAAGAUAAAGUCGAUUUAGAGGAUGAACCCGCACUUCUCCAAUCUCAAGAGUUACCGAAUGAAGACAAUGAUAAAGUUGAUUUAGAGAAGCUUCCAAGUGAUCCCGGAGAACGACCUGACAUAAUGAGUUAUCCACCAAACUCAAUAGAACAAGUUCGUAGAGCUUAUUUGCUAAGAGGUCCAUGUCAACCACGCAACCAUAAUUUCCUUUCUACAAGUAAUGGAAAUCGAAAACGUAAAUUUGUCUCACUUUGGUUUGAUGAAUUUAAGCCUUGGUUGGAGUAUAGUGUUUCAAAGGAAGCUGCUUACUGCUUAUAUUGCUAUCUUUUCUCAAGACUCCACAGAAAUGGACAAGAUGCCUUUGUAUCAAAGGGAUUUACUACUUGGGGAAAGAAAGAAAGGUUACGAGAUCAUGUUGGAAAUCAUACAAGUGCUCAUAAUAGGUGUAGAUUAGCAUGUCAGGAUUUGAUGAAUCAAGCUCAACACAUUGAAGUCUCUAUAUCAAAGCAGUCAACACAAUCGAAGCUUGAUUAUCGCUGCAGAUUAAAUGCAACGGUUGUUUGUCUUCGUUAUCUUAUCAUGCAAGGAAUGUCUUCUCGCGGACACGAUGAGUCUGAAGGAUCCUUAAAUCAAGGUAACUUUCUUGAGCUUUUGAAAGUUAUUUCCUCUUGCAGCGAUGAGAUAUCUAGUGUUGUACUAAAAAAUGCUCCUGGCAAUCUCAAACUAACAUCACCGAGAAUUCAGAAAGACAUCAUAAAUGCAUUUGCUGUUGAGACAACAAAAGUCAUUGUACAAGAUAUGGGAAAUGAUUUUUUCUCCAUAUUAGUUGAUGAGUGUCGAGAUAUAUCUGUCAAAGAGCAAAUGGGUGUUGUGGUGCGAUAUGUGGACAAGAAUGGAUGUGUUAUGGAACGUUUUCUUGGUGUGGUGCAUGUUAGUGACACGGUUCGACCUCACUGGAGAAGGCACUUGAUUCUUUGUUAUCUACUUAUGACUUAA